AGACCAGGGUGGGAGGAAUACCUUGAGCAGUAAUUUGAAGUGAAUCUGCUUCCUUUUGUCCAGUUGGAUGGUGCGGGAACAGAUAUAUCAAUGACUUUGUACUUCCACAUGGUGUCUUCUUUUGGUCUAGCCAACGGAUAGCCAGAAUCUGAACUUGCUCAGGAAAUAGAGGAGCCGAACUUUCUUUGGAGGCAUGAGCCCUUGCAGAAUUAACUUGUUCCAAUUUAGCAUACAAUUAAUUAAUUAGGAGCAGACGCCUAAGUCUGUAAUGUAGGGACCUGAGGGAGCGGGUUCUGAAGUCAAGACUACUAUAAUGCAAAUGGAGGUGGGGCUACAGCACAUUCCUUCAGACACUGCUUAAAAACUUACAGCCUUCCAUUGCCUUUCACUGUUGUUCAUCCUCACCUUUUACAGUGAGAAAUUUUCAAGCUUUCUCUUUCAUGUCCCCAUCCACCACCCCAACCUUCUUCCAGAAAGCUGGAGGAACUGUGCAGAGUGGAUCUGCUUGCAGGUUGGCCUCCUGGUGUUCAGUAAAGUUGGGUGUAUGUCUACAGGCAGGGGAAGUCCUUUCCUUCCUACCUGUCCCCAGGGACUCACCAGGCAGGGCUGAGAACAAACCCUUCCUCAUUGCUGCUUCCCCAGCUCAGCCUGUGGACACUGAUUAACCACAGCUGGGAUCUGGCUUGCCCAGCUCGUCUUUGAAACCGAUCAAUGCGUUCUUAGCAAGGAAUGCAUGGCUGUAAGUCUGGACAGGAAGGUGGUGGUGGUCCUUCCCAACAUGGGAGUCCUGGUUCUGACUGCCUAAGAGAAGGCACUUGGAGUGGGUAAACCAUGUCCACUAUCCUGAGCACAAAGGUGCGUGGUGGGCCAGGCCUCUCUGAUAUGCAUCAGUACAGUCAGUGGUUGGCCAGCAGACAUGAGUCUAAUUUACUGCCGAUGAAAGAAGAUUUGGCUCUGUGGUUAAGCAACCUGCUAGGGAAGGAGAUUACAGCCGAAACGUUCAUGGAGAAGCUGGACAAUGGUGCUUUGCUCUGUCAGCUUGCAGUGAUGGUGCAGGAAAGAUUCAAAGAGACCAUAGACGCCAACAAGCCUGCCAAGACCCUACCAUUGAAGAAGAUUCCAUUCAAAGCCAGCGCACCCUCAGGGUCCUUUUUUGCUCGAGAUAAUACAGCAAACUUCUUAUCCUGGUGCCGAGAUUUGGGGGUAGAUGAAACAUGUCUGUUUGAAUCUGAAGGCUUGGCACAAAGUCAAGAAAGCUCCACGGGGUUGGAGGACAGUGACGCUUCAUCUGUUUCUCUGAGAAAGAAUCUACGCAGCGAGAAAAAGGUCCUGCACAAGCAACCCAGAGAAGUGUGUCUGUGUUUGCUAGAGCUCGGCCGGAUCGCAGCCAGGUAUGGUGUGGAGCCUCCUGGUUUAAUAAAGCUGGAAAAAGAAAUUGAACAAGAAGAAACACUUUCUGCACCUACUCCUUCGCCUUCUCCUUCAUCAAAGUCUUCUGGGAAAAAGAGUACAGGAAACUUACUGGAUGAUGCCGUGAGAAGAAUUUCUGAAGACCCUCCUUGCAGAUGCCCAAACAAGUUCUGUGUGGAGCGGCUGUCCCAAGGGAGAUACCGAGUGGGAGAAAAGAUCCUCUUCAUCAGGAUGCUGCACAACAAGCACGUCAUGGUCCGUGUGGGAGGAGGGUGGGAGACCUUCGCAGGGUACCUGUUGAAACACGACCCCUGCCGCAUGCUGCAGAUAGCCCGCGUCGAUGGCAAAACGUCUCCCAUCCAAAGCAAGUCUCCAACCCUGAGGGACAUGAACCCGGACAACUACUUGGUGGUCUCCGCCAGCUGCAGGGCCAAGAAGGAGAUUAAAUGAAACUGUCUCUGCGGGGGACUCUGAUGACCUAGGUCACUUGCCUGUGUAGUCAGUUAGUUCACAUUCUCUGAAAAGUACUCUGGAAAAAAGGUGUAAUAGAGAAAAAAUGUCAUCAGACCAAAAAAAUGUUGCAAGAGUUGCACUAUUUAUUUGUAAUGCUCUUGUAGAAAAUCACCAUUAGAGAAAAUUCUUCACUCAGAUUUAAACUAGACAUGUGGUAAGCAAAUCCUGAGUUCUCGGUAUGUGAGUACAGUGUUUAGAAAAGAGAUAUUAAGGAACACAGCUCUAACUACAAGUGCUGCAGGCAAGAGCAGAGAACACACACAUAGGACCCACACAUGGCAACAAGAAGUGCCUGCUGUAUGUCUGUGGAUCAAAGCACCCCAGACUCCUUGGUAUCACAAGGAUUUAGAGCUAUGUUACAAAACUACCAUGUGAUGACAUGGUACUGGAAUUAUCCACCAUCCGUCAGCACAGUGAUCCUGUACUGGACAGGCAUGCAGAGAUGUUUACAUUCUCUUGGAAGAUUGCUUUAAAGUUUCUCUCAUCUCUGACCAAAUGUCUGGGGUGCUUUGGAAGUUUUCAGUACACCCCUUAAAGAAUAGCAUAUGUUUUCAUAUGUUCCUCAGCAUACAGGUUGUAUUUAGAAUGAUGAUUAAUUCACAGACAUAAACUGACAUUCCUUUAUAUUUUGGUAAGUGAACUGUACAGAUAUUGACUUCAUGUUAAGUAUUUUCUUAUUAAAAAUGUAUCAUUAGUUAACUUUGCUAUGCUACCCACUGAAGUCAACCCAUUGUAGCUAACAGUGUUGCAGACUUGUACACCAAGGACAGGGCUGUUUUCUACCAAUAAACAGCAAAAUAUUGUCCACAAUGAGUUAAGAAGUAAAACUAAGAAGCUGAAAAGUAUUUUUGUCAAUAUAGUAAUAAUUCAACUUGAAAGAAAGUUAAGCUUCAGAUUGCUAAUUUCUAUAGAAUUACAUUAAGUUUGAAGUUAUGGCUAUGUAGAGUAGUGUCAUGUGGGCUAAGAAAGUGGAGGUAGUGUUCAUUUUCAGCAGUUCAGAUUUUGUCAUGGAGGGCCUUAAGUGCCAGCAUGAAAACUAAAUAGUGAGGGAGUUAAUAUUAGUAAUUAUUUUUUUUCCAACACCAAGAAUUCAUAAUCCUUGCUCCAGAAACUCACGGAGGAAGUCUCUGUUUAUCAUAACCAGUUCAAUGAAAAUACAUACAACCUGGUUACUGGGAAAUUUCAUUUUAAUUUGUUUCCUGUCUUCUUUAUUCUGAAAUUGAGAUAACAACAGAACAUAAUAAAUUCACUUUUUUGACCCA